AGUUGUGCCUCAGUUGUUGAUUGCAAGUGUGAACCGUGUCGAAAUUUCAUUAUAGAAGGACUUACCCUCUAUAUACAUUAUUCGAAGAAUUUUAACUGACGAAGCUGUCACUGGAUGAAAGUACAACAUUCACGUUCUAGUUGGUGAAUAGUUCGCGGAUGUCAGAAACACUUAAUGCUAGCACUCAGGGGGGAAAUCGAAGGAUUUAAAAUUUGGAUCAUUUUUACGCAUUACCCCGGAUUUGCGUACUCGGCGUGGGUAAGGUAACUUACGAGGUAAGUUUUUUAGGCUCGCGAUGUAAAUUUAUUUUUCACGAGUUAAUUUUUCUAUACUCAAGCUGAAUAAGGCAAUUGCUAGUGCAGUAAAUCAUACACGCAUUCGCGGCACAGCGUAGACGACGACAAUGGCUCACCACCGAUCGGAUGGCUACGUGGAUUGAAGAAAGCCACAUGCUUCAGAUAAUUCUAAGUGACUCGUUACAUCAGCAACAUUACGUUGAAAAGCUCAAGAAAAUCAUCAGAUUCUCAAUCAAAUAGAAAGCCAUGACCACGGAUGACCUAGACAGGAUCUGGGCCACACAGAUCAGAAAGCAUGAAGCUACUCUAUUGUCAAAAUUGUUCAUGGUUAUCUGCUUGCGUGGGACUUCUCUGCCGAGCGGCUUGACCACCUUCUUGAAUGUUUUUAGCUGCCAUUUGACGGCGGAAAUGACUGUCCCUGUCCUCAAUCAAUCCAUUUCAGGUCGUUCUUCACUGUCGGGAGCAGCCAGAAGUCACAUGGUGCCUGUUCAACUAAGAAAUGUGAAACUUGCUUGGUUUGCUGUUCGAGAAGUGGAUAGCUACGGACUUAGCAACGAAAAUUCCACAAAGGCAUCUGAAUCGCACGACCUGCAAGUGGGAGUGGAGGAGAUGCGACUGGAGGUGACUUCGGCUUGUGGAGAAAAGCAGGAAUUGUGCCAUGAGCUGGAGCGAGUGCGGCGGCGGAUGGGGACGCCGUUUCUGUCAACUGCCACUCCGAUGGACCUCAGCCCUGUGCCAGCUGCCUACAGCUUCUCGCCGAUUUCUGUCCGUCUGCCGCAGAUCGGAAGUGACGCUGACGACAGUUUUGUCAUCAAGAGCACAGUCGGGAUAACCGAAGACCGCUUGGAUGAAAAUGACGACGAUGAUGAUGAUCUUCGUUGA